AUGCUACUAAAUACUAGUAGUCAGAGCUUCAAGUGCCAGCUUCAAAGCAUCAUCAGAAGGACUCCCCUACUAAAGAUUCUCAUCACAGAGAGCCUAUACAAUCUUCUAAAAGAGAAACAUUUGGUGAAAUUUGGCUCAUUUAGUGGUGUGGCUCGUUUAGUGGUGAACUACCUUAGUAUGCCAGUUUCUUGCAAGUACAUUGCCUUCGAAGCCUUCAUUAUAAACAGGCCCUUCGGUCAUUUGCGAAUGGCUGCCAACAUUCUAGGAAGAAAUGGAGAAGCGCCUGCAAGUGCAGAGGGACAAAAAGAUGGGGAGCAUGACGCUGCGAUGGAGGAGGAGAAACUGAUUGGCACCAUCGCUUGGCGAGCUUCACAACCUCGGCGGACUGGUCGCUGCGGUGCGUGGGCAGUACGGAGCGUUGUGCGUGGAGACAGCGUUAGCGACAAAGGUGCCGGAUUUGGCCGCCAAAACGGAUCGGAUUCGGCCUCUUGA